AUGGCUGGCCUCGCAAGGGGCUUCUGCCUCCCCGGCCUCCGGCCCCUCCUUGCACCUCGUGCCGAGUCCGUCCUCCUCCGAUCCCGUUUCUUCAGUACCUCCGUCCUCCGAUCUGCCGGGCCUGCUGUGAAAGCAGCUCGAUCUCCUACGGCCUCGAGGGCCGCCGCUGCUGCCUCCGCUGCUCAAAUGGCGCCUAGUCGAUACGCCUUCAUCAAGAGUCUCGCUUCAAAACCAACCCCAACCGUCCUCUACGAAGUACAGCAGCCUGAAGGUGUACCGCAAUGGAUUGGUAUUGUGUUCGGAACAGCAUAUCUACUGCUCGCUUCCAUGGGAACAUUCAUGAUCGCAAAGACCCCAAACAUUGUUGGACAGAUACGCGUUCUCCCUUACCAGGCAUCCAAGAUCGCUCCCACCACGCCAUUGCAGUUGGAAAUCACCGUUAAGAGAAUGGUCCCAUUCCUCAAACCCAAGGUCAUUGUCGCUCCGGUUAGCGACAUUGCUCUCAAGACGCGCUUCUCGCUGCCAGAUGAGUAUGUGCCUCAACUGAGGCGCAUAGAGUUGGAGGCGAAGGCGAAGGAGCAGCAAAAGGCCUUGCACGAGUUCGACAUGCAGCACAUCUUCACAAUGCCUUUCCGAAGAAUGGGUCGAACCCUGGCAGCCAUGUUCGACGGUGUCAAAUCAGCGUGGACUGAUAUGGGCUUUGGUUUCAUCAUAGUUGACGGCAAGAGCUACAAGGUGGACGUGACCAAGGGCUUUGCUCAUGAUGGAUUCAGGACGUUGGAGAAGCUUGUGGAUAUCCAGUCUUGA